GUGAACUGUGAGAGGGACAUGGUGUGGAGUACCAACACAACAGUAUACAAAACAAAAACCGCUGCCGUCGUCUUCCAUAACUGACGUGCGCUGCUGCCGUUGUGCGCAAUCGACUAGUGAGUGUUGUUAUUGGGGCCGCCCGGUUUUUUUCACGCGGUAUCGCCGGUAUACGUACAAUAUUCGUACAUAAAGCGGCCGCUUAUUGCGCAGUAGACGGUUUGCCGUAUAUUUAUUCUGUCAAAAUUGGUACCGCUGUGCGGUUUUCUCGAUAUUAAAAUUCGUAAAAAAUCCGGACGAAACGGUACAAUGGUGGUGCACCACAGCGCGACAUCCGUGACCAUGGAGGUGGACCCACCGCGGAACGCCAAUAGCCCGGACGAUCCGAAAACAGCAAACGGUUCUUCGGAGAAUGAAAAAGCUGAGGAUUCAGAAUCAUCCGAAGAUGGGCCUUUGGACGUUGGCGAACACUAUUUGGUUCGCCGGUACGACGACACAUGGCAUCCUGCUGAAAUUUUACAUACAAGAUUUAAUGAUCAAGAACAUCAUUUUGAGUAUUAUGUACAUUUUGAAGGAUAUAACCGAAGAUUAGACCAAUGGGUACGAAGAGAUAGGAUUAUGAACUCUAGGUUUGAUAUAUCCGAAAAAACUUGGAGACAAAAAGAUGUAAAUAAAAUACCAGAUCUUUUAAACCAGUCAGAUAGAAAAAUUACAAGAAAUCAGAAGAGGCGACAUGAUGAAAUUAAUCAUGUUCAAAUGUCAUAUGCUGACAUGGACCCAACAACAGCUGCUUUAGAAAAAGAGCAUGAGGCUAUAACAAAAAUUAAAUAUAUCAACAAAGUGCAAUUGGGGAAAUAUGAAAUUGAUACAUGGUAUUUCAGUCCAUUUCCAGCUGAGUAUCAAAAAGAAUCUAAAAUUUGGAUUUGUGAAUAUUGUCUUAAGUACAGUAAACUGGAAAAAUCUUUUAAAUAUCACAUGAGUCAAUGUACUUGGAGACAACCGCCUGGUGUUGAAGUUUACCAUAAGGGUUCACUUUCAAUUUGGGAAGUGAAUUCCAGUCAUCAUAAAAUGUACUGUCAAAAUCUAUGUUUACUUUCAAAACUAUUUCUAGAUCAUAAAACUCUUUAUUUUGAUGUGGAGCCAUUCUUGUUCUAUGUUCUAUGUGAAGUAGACAAGGUUGGGGCCCAUUUAGUAGGAUAUUUUUCAAAAGAAAAAGAUUCACCUGACUGUAAUAAUGUAGCUUGUAUUUUGACAAUGCCUCCUUUUCAGCGACAAGGUUAUGGUAAAUUAUUAAUAGCUUUUAGCUAUGAGCUAAGCAAGUUGGAAGGACUGGUAGCUAGUCCAGAAAAACCAUUGAGUGAUCUUGGUAAACUGUCUUAUCGAUCCUACUGGUCAUGGGUAUUAUUAGAAAUCCUUAAGAAUGCAUGUGGCUCAUUGUCUAUUAAAGAUUUAAGUGCAAUGACUAGUAUAACACAGACGGAUAUCAUAUCUACAUUACAGUCGAUGAACAUGGUUAAGUACUGGAAGGGUCAACAUGUGAUUUGUGUAACACCCAAAAACGUUGAACAACUUGUAAGUUCUGAACAGUACAAAAGACCAAGGUUCAUUAUUGAUGCAAAUGCUAUCAAGUGGACACCUAAAAAGUAUAAUCCUCGACCAGGUCCAUCAAGACAUUCACGGUCACAAUACAUAACUGGAUAAAUUGCAUAUGAAAACAAUUUCUUGUGGCGAGAAAUAUUACCUAGUAGUCAUUUAAUAAUUUACCUAUUGUAAAUAGAUAAUAAUGUGUUUUUUUGCAUAUAUGUUUAAUAUAUGUAAUAGGAAGGUUUAAAUAUGACAAGGGUAACCAAAAUGUGUGAUAUUGUUCACUCUAAAAAAGUGUAAACAACUAAAACGAACAAUGCUUAAUCUUUCUAAGAUACAUUGGUCAAACUAAUUUAUUUUAGAUUUUGUAUAGUCAUGUAUAUUGUUACACUAAUCCACAUGAUCAUUUUUAAUUAAAGUUAUUGUGGAUGUUAUUUAUUUUCUGUCUAACAGCACUAUCUUCAGUUAGAAUUUAUGUCAGCUUUUAUGUUUUUUUUCUUUCAUUGCCUUUGUUUGAAACUUGAUAAACAAAACAAAAGAACCAUUUCCCUUGUCAUACCUUUUCUACAUGUGAUAGUAUUUUAUUUCGAAUUUUUCCAAGUACGCGCAUAAGACCUGAGUUGAUAUUGUAUUUUCAUUAUAACUCAUUAAUUUUCUUUUUAUAACUUUUAUAUUUCUUAAAUUUUAAUCAUAAUGCUUUUCUUAAGUUAAAAAUAAAAAUAUUACAAUAUCGUUUAUUUUGAAUAAAAGAUAUAUUAGAUUGUACCCCACCUUAUUUGAUAUGCAAUAAUGUUGGAUAGCAUUGUAUUAUAGAAUAAAUAUAAGUCGUACUGUUGCAUUUCUUAUUCUCCAUGUAAUUUAUGUUCCAGUUUUUUAUUAUUUUUUUUAAAUGUAAUUACCAUAAUUUAUUUUUAUGGAAAAAAACUGUAGUGUAACUUUAUUUGUAAACUAUUUGUUAUGACAAAGGUUAAUGGAAUUGCUUAUUUUAGGUGACUAGACAUAAAUAAUUGUAUGUCUUGGAUGAUUAUGUUUAAUUGCAUUUCCAUUUAUAUUUUAACUAUAUCUGUAAUUACUGAAAAAAUUGUUACUAGCUUUUUGUAUUGUAAUAGAAGACAAAUAUAGUUUUUUUUAUUUUAAA